AUGAAAUUAAUACUAAUUAUUGCUUGUGCGAUAAUUCUGAAACAUUCGAAUGGUCUUACUAAUCCGAAUUCCCGUUAUAAUUGGCGUUGGAUAGCGUAUCCACGCUCACUCACUGCUGCCAAUGAUCAACAAUCAACCGAUGAAGAAAAGACUCGAGUUCGCCGAAAUCCGAACUGGGGAUACCAACCAAACUGGCGUUGGAUAGCGUAUCCACGCGCACUAACUGCUGCCAAUGAUCAACAAUCAACCGAUGAAGAAAAGACUCGAGUUCGCCGAAACCCGAACUGGGGGUAUCAACCAAACUGGCGUUGGAUAGCGUAUCCACGCGCACUCACUGCUGCCAAUGAUCAACAAUCAACCGAUGAAGAAAAGACUCGAGUUCGCCGAAAUCCGAACUGGGGGUAUCAACCAAACUGGCGUUGGAUAGUGUAUCCACGCGCACUUACUGCUGCCAAUGAUCAACAAUCAACCGAUGAAGGUGCUGUAGUACGCCGAAGUCACAUAAAUAAACCAGAUAAAGCUGAAGCACACGGCCAACAUCAUCACCAUCAUUCAAGCCCAAAACCAUACGAAUCUGAACGGGAAAAUCCAAAUAAACCAUUCAAUCGCUCUUUGUACCAAGGCUGGUAUCAGCUGCCAUCGUCAUUAGCUGUGAAUAACACACUUUUAAUGGGCGGAUCCUGGGGUAAUGUAGAACAAACAAAUAUCAAUGAUGAAAGCAUAAAUACUUGCGAUAUUUCAAAUAUCUCCAUUUGUAACAUUGACAACAAUGUUGAAGGUGAAGUACGUCAAUGUUUUCACCAAAUAGAUGAAAUCACAUCAUAUGCGUCAGAAUUAUUUAAUGUUUCAAAUGACAACAUCGCAAUAUACAGAGAAGACGAAAAAUUGGCUGAACUUCCAUUUCCCGAACCCUUUAACGUUACAAUUUCCGAAGUGGUUCAAAUUGUCGGCUGCGACGGCAAUCCACUUGUGUGUCAUACAAUGAAAGCAAACGCCACUGAUUGUAAUACGCUCUAUCUAUGCCACGCAGUUCACGGUACAGUUGUUAAACAAGUUACUGUCAAUUAUAACGAAGAACUCAAUAAUGUCACAAUGUAUGCUAUGUGUCAUCUGAAAACAAACAAUUUCGGUAAAGAACAUGUCGCAUUUCGUAUGUUACAUAAACGGCCUGGUGAUGGUAUUUGUCAUUUUAUUAGUCCUGAUAGUUUUCUCGUUUGUAAAAACUAA